AUGUUCCGAGCUCUCAAUAUCAGGCGAUCCCUCUACCAAGCCCUCCACCAUCACCAUCACCAUCACCAUCACCAUCACCAUCACCAUCACCAUCACCACCCACUUUCUCAGCCCCUCAAAACCCUAUCCUCCACCCAAAACCCAAACCUCACUCGCCCAUUUUGCUCCUCAACUUCUUCAUCAUCCUCCGAAGCCGAGUUCCGCAAGUACGUAGGCUACUUCGCCCUCCUCGUCGGCUGCGGAAUCGCCACCUACUACUCCUUCCCUUUCCCUGAAAAUGCCAAGCACAAGAAGGCCCAGCUCUUCCGCUACGCCCCUCUUCCAGACGAUCUCCACACCGUAUCCAACUGGAGCGGUACUCACGAGGUCCAAACUCGGGUCUUCCUUCAACCCGAGUCCAUUCAGGAAUUGGAAACCAUUGUAAGAGAUGCCAAUGUCCAGAAGCAGAAGAUCAGGCCCGUCGGGUCGGGUCUUUCGCCCAAUGGAAUUGGUUUGACGAGGCUUGGGAUGGUCAAUUUGGCUCUGUUGGAUAGGGUUUUGGAGGUGGAUAAGGAGAAGAAGACGGUUAGGGUUGAGGCGGGGAUUCGUGUUCAGCAGCUUGUUGAUGGGAUCAAAGAUUAUGGACUCACUUUGCAGAAUUUCGCUUCCAUUAGGGAACAGCAGAUUGGCGGCAUUGUUCAGGUUGGUGCACAUGGCACUGGUGCUAGAUUGCCUCCUAUUGAUGAGCAGGUUGUCAGCAUGAAACUGGUUACUCCUGCCAAGGGGACAAUUGAGGUUUCAAAAGAGAAAGAUCCAGAACUAUUCUAUCUUGCUCGCUGUGGACUUGGGGCCCUUGGCGUAGUUGCAGAAGUAACUCUUCAAUGUGUUGAGAGACAAGAGCUCGUGGAGCAUACAUUUGUCUCAAAUACGGAAGAGAUAAAGAAAAAUCACAAGAAGUUUCUAUCUGAGAACAAGCAUGUCAAGUAUCUUUAUAUACCAUAUACUGACACUGUUGUGGUUGUGAGAUGCAACCCUGUUUCCAAAUGGAAAGGUCCGCCCAAGUUUAAACCAAAAUAUAGUCAUGAUGAAGCUAUGCAGAAUGUUCGUGACCUCUACCAAGAGUCUCUUAAGAAGUACAGACGUGCAGUGACAACAACCGAAUCUGUGGACAACAAUGAGCAAGACAUAAAUGAGCUUUCAUUUACAGAGCUAAGAGAUAAACUACUUGCCCUUGAUCCUCUCAACAAAAACCAUAUCAUAAAGGUCAAUCAAGCUGAGGCAGAGUUCUGGAGGAAGUCAGAGGGAUACAGAGUAGGCUGGAGUGAUGAAAUUCUGGGCUUUGAUUGUGGCGGCCAACAGUGGGUAUCAGAGACCUGUUUUCCUGCUGGAACCUUAUCAAAGCCCAGCAUGAAAGAUCUUGAAUAUAUAGAAGAGCUGAUGCAACUUAUAGACAAGGAAGCGAUACCCGCACCGGCUCCUAUAGAACAGCGAUGGACGGCACACAGCAAGAGCCUCAUGAGCCCGGCUUCAAGUACAGCAGAUGAUGAUAUUUUCUCAUGGGUUGGUAUAAUUAUGUAUCUUCCCACAAUGGAUGCUCGUCAGAGGAAAGAAAUAACAGAUGAGUUCUUCCACUACAGGCAUUUGAGCCAAUCACAGUUAUGGGAUCGUUAUUCUGCUUAUGAACAUUGGGCUAAGAUUGAGGUUCCAAAGGACAAGGACGAGCUUGCAACUCUGCAAGCAAGGUUGAGGAAGCGUUUUCCAGUGGAUGCAUAUAAUAAAGCACGAAAGGAAUUGGACCCUAAUCAUAUCCUUUCCAAUAACAUGCUGGAGAAGCUGUUCCCACAGUCGGAUAUAAUUUGAAAAUCAUUGCUGUUUGGAAGCAAAUGGGUCUUGACAUUCUUGGUUGUUAGAGCAUCUAAAAAAUAAAUAAAUUCAAGCAUUGAUUUUUUUGAGGAAGCAAAUUAAACGCCCAGUUUCGAAUUUUGAAACUCAAACUUACAGGUUCACUUUCUUUUUACUGUUUCACAAAUUUCUUAUUUUGUGUAUUGGUGGAAUCUGUUAUGUGUGAGUGAAAUUUCUGUUUGUAAAGGUUUGCUAGGAAUGUUUUUACGCUGUGUUUGAGGAUGAGAUUUAUAGUGUAAUUGUAGACAA